CACUGAACGAGAGCCCGAUGUUUAGCCCUAGUCCCCGAAGUAACGACGAGGCUGGAAUACAGACAUGCGAAGAAAACAUGCAGAACAGCACUGCCACUGCAGCUGCAACUCGCCAGCCACACUAUGACCCCAUCUCACGCCAUUCCAGACCCGACCUCAACUGCUGAGGCUGAACUCAUCAGCCCCGCUGUGGGGACCGUGCUCCUUUUCUCUGCUGGCGAGGAACGGCUUGACUUCAUUUACAAACAUAGCAGCAAUAGAUCUCUAUCUAUCCAUCCAAAGAUGUCCUUCCACACUUCCAACCCCCGCGCAUCCGCACCAGCACCCAGACCUAAAUACCGCAUCUACUUCGCCUACGGGAGUAAUCUCCACCUAGGCCAGAUGGCCCAGCGGUGUCCCAAGAGCAGAUACCUGGGGCGGGCGAUAUUGCACGGGUACAGAUGGCAGAUCAACGACCGGGGAUACGCGAAUGUCGUACGGGUGCCUUACGCCUCAUCGAGUUCCAGUUUGAGUUCGCUAUCGAGUUCAGUCCAGGGCCUGUGCUACUUGAUUAACCGCGAAGACGAGGCGAAGCUAGAUCGCAGCGAGGGCGUUCCGACGGCGUAUGGGAAGAGUAUGCUGGACGUGGAGCUUUUCGUGGGCAAGGCGGGGAUUGCCGGGAGGGAUGUUGGCGAGGUUGUGGGGUGUUCGGUGGAGGAGGUUAGGAGUGUGCCCCUUUCCUUGGGAGGGGGGGAUGGCAGGCAGCGUGGCGAGAUUAUUCCGGCGUUGGUGUAUGUCAGUUUGAAUCAUACGUUGGAUGGGCGGGCGAAGGAUGAGUAUGUUCAUAGGAUGAGGCUUGGGCUGAGUGAUGCGCUUGAUCUGGGGUUGUCGCCGGACUACGUGGUAUGGCUGGAGAGAGUCAUUAAUGCUGGGGUGAGAGAGAGUUCAGGGACCGAGGGCCAGAGACAGCCUGAGGUGAGAUAUCAGAAGAGGGUUCCUCAGAGGGGGAAUAGACGUGGUGGGCACAGACGUGGUGGGUAUCAGACGUCGGGCUUGCAGCACGGGGAAGCCAACUUUAGGGGCCACUUCCGCUGAUACAUACAUUAUCUUGCCUUGUUUACUAGAAGAAUGAUAUGUUUUUUUCGUAUGUAACUGCCAGUAGUUCAGCAGCUCCAUUUGGGGCUACCAACCAGG